UAAAUAAAUAAAUGAAUAACGCGUUUCCUGUAGCUAACAGCAAAAAAAAGAUGCGAGCUGUUGAAAUUUCUGCCAUUUUCAUGCCGCCAAAUUAGAGGACGCUGUCAGUACGAAUGGAAAUCGGUGCCAUGGAGUUGUGAGAGUGAGAUAUACCCAGCCUGGUUUCUCUGUUGGUUUUUUCUUUCUUUCUUUUUUUGUCGCUGCAUUACUACGAGCUCACCCGACGCAGGUUACCGUUCAUAGAGCUGACGCUGCCAGCGCGGUUUUGCUCCCCGGUCCUACUGCAGUUUUGCACCUCUUUCCUCUGGAGCCCUGGUAUCAGGAAUGAGUAUAGAAAUCCCCGAGGGGUUGACGGAGCUUUUGCAGAGCUUUACGGUGGAGGUGCUGAGGAAUCAACCCCGGGAUCUGUUGGAGUUCGCCCUGCAGUAUUUCACCCAGCUGAAGGAGAGCGAGAGCAGGGGGGCCGCCUUCGGCAAUGAGCAAAACUCGGCCGUGCGAGCCGGGAAAGCCGUCAACUUCAUCGAGGAGGCCAUGCAGAUUGACUCGGAGAACGAAGAGGACGAGGAUGACGAUGAGGAAUUCGUAGCCCCAGUGAUAAACAGAUUCAUAAGGCGAGCGUCUGUGUGUGCAGAGGCAUUUAACCCAGAUGAAGAUGAAGAGGACAAGGAGCCAAGGGUGACUCACCCAAAAACAGACGAACAAAGGCAGAGAUUACAAGAGGCCUGCAAAGAUAUACUCCUUUUCAAAAAUCUUGAUCAGGAGCAAAUAUCACAAGUAUUGGAUGCCAUGUUUGAGAAGACGGUUGCUGCUGGCGAACAUAUUAUCGAUCAAGAUGAUGAUGGAGACAACUUUUAUGUCAUUGAGAGAGGGACUUUUGACAUCCUUAUGAAGUCAGAUGGCACCACCAGAACGGUGGGCUCAUAUGAUAACCGUGGGAGUUUCGGGGAGCUUGCCCUGAUGUAUAACACCCCACGUGCAGCCACCAUUGUUGCUACCUCACCUGGAGCCCUGUGGUGCCUAGAUCGGUUGACGUUCAGAAGGAUCAUUGUAAAAAACAAUGCAAAGAAGAGGAAAAUGUAUGAAGCUUUCAUCGAGACCCUUCCAUUGCUAACAUCCCUGGAGGUCUCAGAAAGAAUGAAGGUGGUGGACGUCUUGUCGUCUAAAGUGUACAGUGAGGGAGAGCAAAUUAUUGCACAGGGUGACCUAGCAGACUGUUUCUACAUUGUAGAAUCAGGUGAGGUUAGAAUCACCAUGAAGAGGAACCGGUUGAAAACAGAUUCUGAAGAAGACGAGGUGGACAUCGCCACAUGCACCAGGGGGCAAUACUUUGGAGAGUUGGCUCUUGUCACCAACAAGCCAAGGGCAGCUUCUGCAUAUGCUGUGGAGAAUGUCAAAUGCUUAGUAAUGGAUGUCCAGGCGUUUGAGAGGUUAUUGGGACCCUGCAUGGAUAUCAUGAAACGCAACAUCGCUAACUAUGAAGAGCAGUUGGUCACCCUCUUUGGGAGUCACACAGAAAUAGAGGAGCCAAGUGCAUGAAUUUUUAAAAAA